AUCCCUGAGUUGACCCAGAAAAUAGGCAGUCGUUUCAAGAUCUGAUGCUGCAGUCUUUGUGCGCACCUCUCCGGCAAUGACGCGCGGCCCUGUGGACUACACGCACUGCUGAGCCCCCCCACCCCCCACCCCCUUGUCCUCCGCACCGCAGCGGACCACUGAAACACCGGAGCGACCCUUGAGAGAGGAGCAACUUUACUUGUGAACCGAACACGGAGGCAUGGCAGAGCACCUCAUGAUGCCCAUGAAUCACGGCUCGGCCGGCGCUGGUCUCCACGGUUACCGGAUGGGCAUGAACGGCCUGCAGGCGGGCCACCAGCCGCACGGCAACCAGCAGGCCAUGCGACCGCUGCCCGGCGGCCAGAUGAUGCAUUACGGCGGCGCCCAGGCCAGCAUGGAGACGGCCAUGCGGCAGCGGCAGGGCAUGGUGGCCGGGCCCAUGAGCGGACAAAUGAACGGCGGCCAAAUGGGCCACCACCACCACCAGAUGACCUCUGGGAACAUGAUGUAUAACGGGCAGCAGCAGCAUCACAUGCACCAGGCCCAGCAGCAGCACCAGCCGCACCAACAACACCAAGCCCAACAGAACCAGUUCAUGAAUGGAGGCUUAACAUCUCAGCAGCUCAUGGCCAGCAUGCAGCUACAAAAACUCAACACCCAGUAUCACGGACACCCGCUGGGCCCCAUGGGCGGGAACCACAUGGGACCUGCGAACCAGUAUCGCAUGAACCCUGCCCAGCUGGCCAACAUGCAGCACAUGGCGGGCCCGGCACUGGCCCUGAACGGUAUGGACGCAGACAUGAUCGAUGAGGAGGUGCUGACCUCGCUGGUCAUGGAGCUGGGCCUGGAUCGGGUGCAGGAGCUGCCGGAACUCUUCCUGGGCCAGAACGAGUUUGACUUCAUCUCAGACUUUGUGAGCAAACAGCAGCCCAGCACUGUCAGCUGCUGAGAGGACACCCCCACACACCCUUAAAUGUCUUCAUCAAGAUGGACCAUAGACGGAGGUGUGCUCAUCUCUUUUAAGGACCACCGAGCCGGGUCAUGGUGCCAGGUGCGCAGAAGGAGAACUCUGGCUUGUGGUCUGAGUUGGGGAGGGCGGUGGACCUUCCACUUCCUGGACAUGAAUGUAAAAACAAAAAAAGUCACAAAGCCACUCAGAACAAUGACACUGUGUUUCCUCUCAGCCUGGAUGGCCUCCAAGAAGGUGUAUUUAUUUAUAAUCUGACACAGAGAACUACCACCUACUGGGGCCAAGUGCUUUUUAAUCAUUUCACUUUUCAUUUUUAAGUUAAAUUUAUGUUUCUCGCUUGUUUUUUCUGUUCUUUUUUUCCCAGCUUAAAAAUAAGCUCACAGGUCCAAAAAGGAGCCUUAAUUAAUUACGAGGCGACCUGACAAGUUUUUUUUUUUUUGAAAGGAAGAUUAUUUUUUAGAUGUGCUGUUCUCAAAAUGGACUGCUUGUACUGUAUGAAGCUGUAUAACUCCGACACUGUUGUGUUCUUCAUGGAGACGUAGAACCGCCUUAAUCACGCAGAUUCUUAUUUAUUAUUGGUUGUUCAUGUUGUCCCUUUUUUGUGGAUGAGAAUUUGAAGGUGGAGGGAAAGAGAGAUGGUCUUUGUGAAAGGUUUUGAGGAUCAAUAAAGAUGGCCUGGAUAGAAGAA